UUAUUCACAGAAGAAAGCAGGUAGUAUACUGUUACAAUACUACAGUAGAAAGUCAGAAGGUCACAAGCUUGCAGGGUAACUGACACAACUUGAAACUGCUUGGCUUCCUUUAAAAAGAAAUAACAAAAUGGGAGAGAAUCAAGCAAGCUUGCCUAACACAUCUUUGCAAGAUAAAAAGAUGGCAUAUCAGAAGGUCAAUGCAGAUCAAAGAGCUUCAGGACACUCACAGUACUUAGACAAUGAUGACCUUCAAGCCACUGCCCUUGAUUUAGAGUGGGACAUGGAGAAGGAACUGGAAGAACCUGGUUUUGACCAGUUUCAGCUAGAGACUGCAGAGAAUCAGAACCUUGGGCACUCAGAAACUGCGGACCUCAAUCUUGAUUCCAUUCAACCAGCAACUUCACCCAAAGGAAGGUUCCAGAGACUUCAGGAAGAAUCUGACUAUGUUGCCCAUUAUGGAAGAUCUGCACCAAAGAGCAACCGCUGCCACAUUUUAAAAAUACUUUGCACAGCCACCAUAUUAUUUAUUUUUGGAAUUUUGAUAGGUUAUUAUGCACAUACAAAUUGCCCUUCAGAUGCCACAACCUCAGGAACAGUCGAUCCUCAGUUAUACCAAGAGAUUCUCAAGACAAUCCAAGCAGAAGAUAUUAAGAAGUCUUUCAGAAAUUUGGUAGAACUCUAUAAAAAUGAAGAUGACAUGGAAAUUUCAAAGAGGAUUAAGACUCACUGGACUUCUUUGGGCCUAGAAGAUGUACAGUUGGCAAAUUAUUCUGUGCUGCUGAACCUGCCAGGUCCAUCUCCCAGCACUGUGACUGUGAGCAGCAGUGGCCAAUGCUUUCAUCCUGAUGGCCAGCCUUGUAGUGAAGAAGCCAGAAAAGAUAGCAGCCAAGAUCCGCUGUACUCCUAUGCAGCCUAUUCUGCCAAAGGAACUCUCGAGGCUGAAGUCAUUGAUGUGAGUUAUGGAACAGCAGAUGAUUUAAAAAUGAUUAAAAAAGUGAAAAAUAUAACAAAUCAGAUUGCACUCCUGAAAUUAGGAAAAUUACCUCUACUUUAUAAGAUUUCUUUAUUGGAAAAGGCUGGAUUUGGAGGUGUUCUUCUAUAUAUUGAUCCUUGUGAUUUACCAAAGACUGCGAAUAUUAACUAUGAUAACUUCAUGGUGACGCUGAAUCCAGGAGGAGACCCUUCUACACCUGGCUACCCAAGUGUUGAUGGAAGCUUCAGACAAAACCAGUCAAACCUCACCUCCCUGUUGGUGCAGCCCAUUUCUGCAUCCCUUGUGGCAAAACUGAUCUCUUCUCCAAUAACGAGAAGCAAAAGCAACAUCUGUAGCCCUCUCGAGCUUCCAAACAAUGAAAUAAGAAUUGUCAGCAUGCAAAUUCAGACAGUCACAAAAUUCAAAACAGUCACUAAUGUUAUUGGAUAUUUAAAGGGCAUGGCCUCUCCAGACCGAUAUAUUAUAGUUGGCAGUCACCAUUACUCUGGAUACAGUUAUAAUGGACAAGAAUGGGCUAGUAGUACUGCAAUCAUCACAGCAUUUAUCCGAGCAUUGAUGUUAAGGGUUAAGAAAGGAUGGAGACCUGACCGCACUAUUGUAUUCUGCUCAUGGGGAGGAACAACCUGGGGCAAUAUUGGCUCAUACGAAUGGGGAGAGGAUUUCAAAAAGGUUCUGCAAAAAAAUGUUGUGGCUUAUAUUAGCCUCCACAGUCCCAUAAGGGGGAACUCAAGUCUGCAUCCUGUAGCAUCACCAUCCCUUCAGCAACUGGUAGUAGAGAAAAAUAAGUUCAACUGUACCAGAAGAGCUCAGUGUCCAGAAACCAAUGUCAGCUCUGUACAGAUACAAGGUGAUGCCGAUUAUUUCAUCAACCAUCUUGGAGUUCCCACCGUGCAGUUUGCUUAUGAGGACAUCAAAGCAUUAGAGGGUCCAAGUUUUCUCUCUGAGGCUGUUUUUCCUAAACAUGCAACAAAAAUUGAAGAAAUGGAUCCUUUUUUCAACCUUCAUGAAACCAUAAGCAAGCUCUCAGGAGAAGUGAUUUUGCAAAUUGCCAAUGAACCAGUUCUGCCCUUUAAUGCUCUUGAUAUAGCUUUAGAAGUUCAAAACAGCCUUAAAGGUGAUCAUCCCAAUGCUCAGCACCUGCUAGCCAUGGCAUCAGGACUGCGGGAGAUCGCUGAACUCUUUCAGUCAGAUGAAAUGCGACCUGCUAAUGAUCCCAAGGAGAGAGCUCCUGUCCGUGUUCGGAUGCUGAAUGACAUCCUCCAAGACAUGGAGAAGAGCUUCCUGGUACAGCAGGUGCCACCGGGUUUUUAUAGAAACAUCCUGUACCACACUGAUGAGAAGACAGGCCAGUUUUCCAUACUCAUGGAGGCUUGGGAACACUGCAAGUCACUUACAUCAAAUGAGACUCUCCAAGAAGCCCUGUCAGAUGUGUUGAACAGCAUUAAUUCAGCUCAGGUUUACUUCAAAGCAGGACUUGAUGUAUUUGAGAGUGUCUUGGUUGGAAAGAACUGA